CAGACAUCCUAAGAGGGGGUAUUUUUCACCUCUACAAUGAAGAAAAGCAGGAGUGUUAUGGCAGUGGCGGCUGAUGAUAAUGUUAAAGAUUAUUUGGAAUGUAGCUUAAGUAAAUCCUACAGUUCUUCUAGUAACACACUUGGGAUUGACCUCUGGAGAGGGAGAAGGUGUUGCUCAGGAAACUUACAGUUACCACCACUGUCCCAAAGACAGAGUGAGAGAGCAAGGACUCCUGAGGGAGAUGGCAUUUCCAGACCAACCACACUGCCCUUGAGGACACUUCCCAGCAUCGCUAUCACAACUGUAAGCCAGGAGUGCUUUGAUGUGGAAAAUGGCCCCUGCCCAGGUCGGAGCCCCCUGGACCCCCAGGCCAGCUCUUCCUCUGGGUUGGUGCUCCACGCCACCUUUCCUGGGCACAGCCAGCGCAGAGAGUCCUUUCUCUACAGAUCAGACAGCGACUAUGACUUGUCACCAAAGGCGAUGUCACGAAACUCUUCACUUCCAAGCGAGCAACAUGGCGAUGACUUGAUUGUAACACCUUUUGCCCAGGUCCUCGCCAGCUUGCGGAGUGUGAGAAACAACUUUACUCUACUGACAAACCUUCAUGGAGCGUCCAACAAGAGGUCCCCAGCUGCUGCUACUCAGCCAUCUGUCUCCAGAGUCAACCUGCAAGGUAAGCUGCCUUGUGAGGCCUGGCUCCAUGUUUCAAAAUAA